AUGGGUUCUGCUAGCGGCAAUGUCGAUCACACGACGGCAAAGUUCCACUUCCUGCACAACAGACGUCUUGUCUUGACAGUGCUCAUCUUGACUCAAGCCUAUAUCUGCUUUGGCUAUGACGCCGCUAUCAUCGGAGGCGUCCUAGCGAUGCCUGCGUUCGUCAAUCGCUUCGGUGUCGAACAACCAGAUGGAACCAAAAUCCUCACCGCAAGCCGUGUCUCCGUCAUUACAGCAACUCGGACAUCUGCGAGUAUUCCCGCAGUCUUCGCGUGCCAGUACUUGGGCAACAAAUGGGGCAGAAAAAGAACGAUCUGGUUUGGCUGUGCCACAUGUCUCCUUGGAACAGCUUUACAGACUGGAUCUGUUGAAGAGGUCAUGUUGACCUUGGGAUUGACAGUUGCAAACUUCGGCUAUUUUGUCAUGGUAUCAAUGGCGUCCACCCUCAUCAUCGAGCUCUCGCCUCCAUCUAUUGGUCUGAUGGGUGUGCUAAGCGCCGGUAUCUCUUGGGGCACUUUCCACUACAAAAGCGAGUUCUCGUUCCGGAUGCCUCUCGGUCUGCAAAACCUGUUCCCAAUCACGAUGGCAGUGUCGAUGUUUUACGUGAUGGACUCACCCACAUCUUACCUCAUCGUCGGAGACGAUACCAAUGCGUUAAAGAGUCUGAGGAGAGUCCGCCAUGGCUACAGUUCGGAUGAGAUUGCCGCAGAGAUGGAAACGCUCAAGUGGCAAAACCAACUCAGGAAGGACUGCGACGACGUGAAGUGGUUCGAGAUUUUCCAAGGAACGAAUCUGCGACGUACAAUCCUCGGAACCUUCCUAGCCGUCAUACAGAACCUGUCGGGCGGCAUCUUCGCAGGCAAUUACGCGACCAUAUUCCUGUCUCAAGUCGGCACUGCUAACCCGUUCGUCCUGGUGUUCGGACUCAACAUUCUGAUCCUUGGCGGUGCUGUCGUCGGCCUGUUCCUAGUGGAUACUCUCGGCAGACGACGAUUGCUCCUCCUAUCAUUCCUGCUCCUCGGAUCCAUCGACUUGGCAAUUGGUGGUCUGGGCUUCGCCGACGCGACCAACCCUGCUGUCAUACAGGCCAUAGCUGCACUGAGUCUGCUCUUCGGUUUCAUCAAUGCGGCAGGCCUGGGUCCCUUGAUCUGGCUGUUGGCUGCAGAGCUCCCUACUGCUCGUCUGCGCAAUAUCACAAACGCGUGGAUCUUGCUUUGCAUCUCCUUGUCGGCCUUGACAGUUGCAUAUGUGGUUCCAUAUAUCGCGAACGCUGAUGCUGGGAACUUGGGACCGAAGACCUACCUGAUCUUUGCCUUCUUCAUGGGCCUCGGUCUGCUCGUGACAGGAAUAUGGUGGCCUGAAACUAAGGGCAGGACGCCAGCGGAACUAGAUGAGAUGUUCACAGCCCGUCUACCAGCCAGGGAAUUCCCUAAGCAUAGAUCGAUGUUGAACCAGGAGAAUAUCAUGACGGAAAAGGCCAGACUUGGUGGCGUUACGAGCAUCGAGGAAGUUGAUGAUAUCUCUACAAGGGUUUAG